AAAUAGUUGAGGAAUAAAAUUGUUAUUGAGAUUUUUUUAUUUUCGACUUAAAUUUAAAAUUGUCACAAACGGCAAGACGUUCUUUUACUGAGGGGGCUUCACAUGAAGAGGCACGUGCAGAGAUGUUGAUGUACUUGCCGAUUCCACAGUACAAGUACACGGUCUACAAUUAAUUGUAUAAAUCAAAAAAAGUAAAAGGAAUUAUUUCAGUAUAUGUGUGUGAAUAAUAUGUUAAUAGUAAGCCUUGAUGAACAGACUGAAAAAUGUGACGUGAACACUGAUCGUCUAUCAUGUUUAGUAAUGUUAUAAAAAGCAGUUAGUGAAGGUAAAAUAAUAAUUCUUUUCGUACAUCACCACUGGAGUGAAACAAUGAACCAUGAAAUUAGUAAUGGUGAUUUAAAAGAGCUAGAAAAUGAAUCUGUCAAAGGUAAAGCUGGAAAUCACUCUGCAAGUGUUACAUGUACAUCUACAACAGUUUGUAAAAGUGUGAAAAAGAAUAAUAAUGCAAUUGAACAUAAAGAUGGAGAUAAAAUAGAUAAUCAAAAUGAUGUGAAUAAAGCAAUAGAUUUAUUGAGAGAUGAAGCUGGAUCAGUUGAUCAAAUGAAGGAACUUCAUUCCUGUGCGGGUAAUAAUUUGGAAGAGUCUAAUGAUGAUAAGGAAGAAGAUAGAAAUCAGAGUAGUCAGGUCAAAAUAGACAAUCAAAAGCAGAAGACGGAAGUAACCAAGAUCCAGACACAUAAGGAACCAAGAAUCGUUGAUCCUGAAGAGUUGGACCAUAACACGUAUGUGGAUGUCAGUAGAGAAGAGGGAAUAACUGAAGACAGUACCGAAGAUGAGACGGGUGCACCGAACAACCUGGUGGGAGAUGGAAGAAAACUGAAUGAUGUGGUGGAAAGAAGAAGUUGUUCUGUAGGUGAAAACAACAACACGUCUGAUGAAAUUAAUCUUGAUUCUGUGAUACAAGAUGGUAAUUUGUCUCGUGAGAUUACAAAUGUCCAAACCAGUGAAGUUGCGGAUACUGACCAUCGCUAUGACCCUACUCCAAAAGGACCAAGACCGAGGCACACAUGGUUCAUGUGUCAAGAAGUCGCAAAGAGACAGUUUGGUGUUUCUAAUCAUCAACCUAGUUGUAUAUUUGAAUUGCACUGCAGUGGGAGCCUGCAUACAGUGGAACGUUUGGAACUGAUGUAUAGAAUGAAGAGUCACGAUGGUUGUGUUAACAGUCUUCAUUUCAACUCCACUGGAACCAGGUUAGCUAGUGGUUCCGAUGACCACCAUGUUGUAAUAUGGGAUUGGACGGUCCCUAAACCUGUUCUUAUUUACCACAGUGGACACAGAAGUAAUGUAUUCCAGGCUAAGUUCAUGCCAUUGCAUGGAGACACGUACAUGGUCAGUAGCGCCCGUGAUGGACAAGUGCGACUUGCUGAACUUUCUGUUACAGGAAUAUGUAAGGGAACUAGGAAGCUAGCACAGCAUAAAGGGGCUGCUCACAAGCUUUCCUUAGAACUGGAUUCUCCUCACACUGUACUAAGCUGUGGAGAAGACGCUUUAGUUUAUGAGAUCGAUCUCAGAAAAGAAAAACCUCACAAGUUGCUUAUUUGUAAGGAGAAUGACAGGAAGAUUGCCUUAUAUUCUAUCUGUACUAGCCCCUGUAAUAAUUUUGAGUUUGCUCUAGGGGGCAAGGAUCAAUAUGUCAGAAUUUACGACAAAAGAAAAAUUUCGGAAGAAAGUGAACCUGUUACAAAGUUGUGUCCUCAGUACCUGGUCAGUGGAGACGUACGAGUCCAUGUCACCUCUGUAGUCUACAACUACAAUGGAUCAGAGAUCCUGGCAUCGUACAAUGAUGAUGAUAUAUUUUUAUUUGACUUAAGAAGACACAAUAAUAGGGACUAUAUCCACAGAUAUCAAGGUCAUAGAAACAACCAGACUGUAAAAGCAGUCAGCUUUUUUGGCCCCAAGAGUGAGUACAUCGUGAGUGGCAGUGAUUGUGGGUAUAUCUAUAUUUGGGAUAAAGAGACAGAACACAUAGUCCAGUACCUUCCAGGUGAUGAGGUUGGAGUGGUCAACUGCCUCGAAAACCACCCAUCCUAUCCCAUUCUGGCUACUAGUGGGUUGGAUAAAGAUGUGAAAGUGUGGAUUCCUUCUUGCAGUGAUCCGCCGGACUUGUCUGGAUUAAAAGGCGUAA